AUGUCCCACAGGAGAGCGAAGGGUAUUGAGUAUGAUGACGAUGAGGUCGCCGACUAUAGCGACGAAUACGCGGAAGACACACAGAAGCAACAAGGCAUGUACUGUUCCCUUCGGAAACUAAGCCCCGAAGAUCAAGUACGGAUGCACGAGGGCAAGGCUCAAGUCAAGAAGGCAUUAGGCUCCAGCUACUCAGUCUCGGACAAAGAGAUUGAAGAGGCACUCUGGCACUAUUACUACGAUGUCUCCAAAUCGGUGUCCUACCUAAAGAACCUAAGACCUCCGCAACAACCCAAGAAACCGAAGCAAGCGUCGAGAUUUGAUCAAGCAGCCAAUUCCGCCGCUAGUACGCAAAAACGAAAGCCAGAUGCAACCGGAACACACUUCUCGUUUGUGUCUGCCAGGGACUUUUUCAAAGACACGCCAUGGCUACAGCUACCGGAUCAUCGGCGCGGCAACAUUACUCUAGAACCAGUAGUUCCCCGGCUUCGUCUUCUCGGCGGCUCAUCCAAGCCGUCUUCCAAGCUGGCCGCCCUUGCUGCAGCUCGGAAAAAGAAGGAGGAAGAGAAGAGGGCGGCUGCUAUGCCAGCGAUAGAUACAUCAGCUCAGCAACAGCUACCAGAUCGUGCGAUAUCGUUGCUUGAUCGUCUCGGCAGUAGAGCCAGUGGAGAAUCGAAUACCGAAAAGAACGCGCAUCUCAGUGCGCCCAGCGGCCAUGUGUCUGAAAAAUUUCAACCCCGUUCAUAUCCUGUUCGGCCGAGGAAAGAGCCCAGUAGUUCUCGGCCAGAAGAACCGAAGGAGACUGCCACACCAGCGCCUGAGCCCACUAAACUGGAGCCACUGCCAGACAUCAAAGCCGAGCCCUCUACGUUCGCCAGAAUCAUGGUUGGCGCCCACCCCUCCAGUCAUGGCAUCCAUAAUCGAUCGAAGGAGGGCAGCUUCUUCAGUAUUCCAUACGCAGAUGAUCCAGAGUUUACUAAACGCAAUCCUUUCACAGGUCCCAGCCCAGACGAUGUAGUAGUAAAUGCGCAGUCCAAAGGUGUCAAAAGCGACAAGCAGAAAGCCAAACCCAAAGAAGCGGAGAGAAUAACGAACGGCAUCAGCCAUGUCGAUCACGGCAAGAGCACCCUCAUGGGCCGACUGCUUUACGACCUGAAAGUUAUAGAUCAGAGAUCACUAGACAAGCUCCGUAAGGAGGCCGAUGCCAUAGGUAAAUCGUCUUUCGCGUUGGCAUGGGUAAUGGACCAGACAUCCGAAGAGCGAUCACGAGGCGUAACGGUCGACAUUGCCACAAAUAGCUUCGAGACGGAGAAAACACGGUUUACCAUCCUUGAUGCCCCAGGCCAUCGAGACUUUAUUCCCAACAUGAUCGCCGGAGCAAGCCAAGCCGACUUCGCCAUACUGGUCGUCGAUGCCGGCACCAACAGCUUCGAGUCAGGGCUGAAGGGCCAGACGAAAGAACACGCGCUCCUCGUGCGAAGCAUGGGUGUGCAGCGGCUGAUUGUGGCCGUCAACAAGAUGGACAUGGUAUCUUGGUCAGAAGGCCGUUUUCAAGAAAUCUCACAGCAGAUGUCCGCCUUCCUCACUUCCGCCGGCUUCCAACCGAAGAACGUCACCUUUGUGCCAUGCUCCGGACUGACCGGCGGGAACGUCGUUAACCCGCCCCCGGAGGGUACAAUGCUGUGGUACACAGGCCAAACCCUCGUUCAGGAACUCGACGCCUCAGAAACGACCAAGCGCGCGAUAGAGCAGCCACUCCGCCUCAGCAUCUUCGACAUCUUCCGCGGCGGUGUCACGAACCCCCUUUCGGUAGCCGGCCGCAUAGCAGCCGGCAGCCUCCAAGUUGGUGACCAAGUGCUCGUCAUGCCAAGCGGCGAAAAGGCGACCAUCAAGGGCAUCGAGAUCGACAACGGAGCCGCGGACUGGGCAGUCGCGGGCCAAAUGGUGACGCUGCACCUCACGGACAUCGACCCUGUACAUCUACGGUACGGCGACGUGCUGUGCAGCCCCUCGAACCCGAUCAAGAACGUGAAGAGCUUCACGGCGAAGAUACUGGCGUUCGAACACGUGCUGCCCAUGUCGGUGGAGGUGCAUCAGGGCAGGCUGAAUGUUGCGGCUACGGUUAGUAGGCUGGUGGCUGUGCUAGAUAAGUCGACAGGCGAGGUCACGAAGAAGAAACCGAGGGCGGUUCAGCCGGGCGCGGUAGCGAGGGUGGUGGUGGAGCUGGAGAAUGCAAUUCCGCUGGAGGGAAGGGUUAUUUUGAGGGCGGGGGGGAGCACGGUUGCUGCUGGGUUGAUUGAGAGCAGUAGCUGA